AGUAAUUAAUAACCAAAUUUAUUAUGAUAAAAUCAACAUAAAUUUUUAUUUCUUGAAAAUAUUGUAACUAAUAUAUUAAUUAUUAAACAUUAACGAUUUUCUAAGCAUGUGUGUUUCAAUGCAAUUCAGUGUUUAAAAAUAAGAAGAAAUAUUUCAUGGCUUCUUUCAGAUGAAUACAAUUUUUAUAAUGAGUGAUAAUACAAAAAACAGUCAUGAGAAACCUGGAGAUGGUAUUAGAUCUAUGAAAUCAACAACAGCAUUUCGUGUUGUAAAUUUUGAACUCUAUGCUAAGCCGAACAUUGUGGUAAUGAGUAUAGGCGCAGCAUGUUUUGGUCUUGCCUUAGGUUACAUAGCAUAUAUGAGGCAGAAAUAUGAAUCAAUGGGUUACUAUUCAGCUAUAGAUGCCGAUGGUAAAGAGAUAUUUGAAAAAAAGAAGUCUAAGUGGGAUUGACAAAUUGUUACUACUUGUUUUAAGGAAUAAAUUAUAGUUUUAGAUUGUAUAACUCUGUUUGUUAUGUUAUAGAUAAUACCAAAUAGGUAACAGGUCUUUACAAUCCGAUUAAAUAACAUUUGAACACAA